UUGUCUCUCUCAAUGCGCUGGGUCUCCUCCUCUCUCGCCCCCAUUGGUCUUUUAGGAGGUGCCUCCUCAGGUUCUCCCAAAUAACCUGGCCUGCUGGACGGGUCAAGUGGCGCCUCAACGUGGGGCCUGAGGCACGGUGACCUGCCGGACGAGGGACAAAAGAGGACGUCCUGGAGAUUCAAGGUAGAGACCGCAUCGCUCGUGCCCCCUGGGAAGUCUUGAGGUGUGGUUGAAGCCUCCUACAGAAUGAGGAAUUCUGCCCUUACCUGCCUUAUCACGUGGCUCGCGCUGAUACCUGCUGUUGACACCAAUCCCAGCCCUCAUCUCUCAGUUCAACAAACCUGGCUUAUUGUGAACCCCAAUACUGGAACCAUUGCCAAUUCUACCUCCUCUAGUACAUUCCCAAAAGGGGCAUGGUUCCCAGACUUGUAUGUAGACCUUUGUGAUAUAGUGGGAGGAGACUGGGAUCCCUCUGACCAGGAGCCCUUCCCGGGGUAUGGCUGUUCCUCCCCAGGGCAACGUCAUAGUACCAGGAAUCAGAGAUUUUAUGUCUGCCCUGGACAUGGUCGGUCCCAGGCCCAGUUAAAAAAAUGUGGAGGCCCAGGGGAUGGCUUCUGCGCUGCCUGGGGGUGUGAAAGCUCCGGUCGUAUCUGGUGGUCUCCCCCUGUAAAAGAUGACCUCAUCAAGGUCGAGGCUUGGGAUCGGGACAUGGUGGGUACAGGCAAAUGUAAUGGACAGCCCUGCAGACCCUGUUAUGAUUCUUCUAGAUGGCCUAACAGAUCAUGGACCACUCAAGGAGGCCGUUGCAAUGGAUUAAAAAUCACAUUCACUGAUAAAGGCAAAAAGGCAGACUGGAUACAGGGUAAAACUUGGGGGCUUCGCCUGUAUCGGACAGGCUAUGACCCCGCUACCACCUUCACCAUCAGGCUUCAAAUCGAUACCAUAUCCCCGGUCCCUGUAGGACCAAACCCUGUAUUGCCCAAACAGCGGCCCCCUGCCCGGCCCACUUUGAGCAUUUCCCCGCCUAAAAACCCUAAUGUUACCAUUGUUAGCCCCACCUUGGUUGAUGCCAUUCCCAAUGCCACCUUACUGCCCCAGCCAUGAACUGGGGAUAGGUUGAUUGAUUUGGUUCAGGGAGUUUAUCUAGCCCUAAAUGCUACAUACCCAGAAAAGACUCUGGGAUGCUGGCUUUGUCUUACCUCCAGCCCACCCUACUAUGAAGGAAUUGCCUUUCAAUCCGAGGCUAACAAUCUCACCUCUCCAAGCACUAAAUGUCAAACCAGACCCCAUAAGCUAACACUUGCUGAGGUCUCCGGACAGAGCUUCUGUUUGGGUAAAGUCCCAUCUACCCAUAGCCAUCUAUGUAACCAGACAUUGACACCAUAUAAAGGGAGUUAGUUAUUACUUAGAGGCACGUAACGGGUCCUACUGGGCCUGUAAUACUGGGCUGACCCCUUGUGUGUCUGCUCAGAUAUUUAAUGAGUCCCAUGAAUUUUGUGUGUCCAGUUAUGGCCUCGUGUCACUUACCACCAAGAGGACUCAAUCAUAAAAUUCUUUGAACAAAGGGGUAGAUAUACUCGUGAACCUGUAUCCAUGACUAUCGCUCUUUUGUUAGGUGUUGGAGGCAUUGCAGCCGGGAUUGGUACAGGGACAACCGCCCUCGUACAAGGCAAUCAUCUAACGCAACUACAGCUAGCCACGACUACCGAUUUAGAGGCCAUAGAAAAAUCUAUUUCUGCACUUGAGAAAUCCUUAACCUCGCUCUCUGAGGUGGUGUUGCAAAACAGGAGGGGUUUAGAUUUAUUGUUUUUAAAAGAGGGAGGGUUAUGUGCAGCAUUAAAAGAAGAAUGUUGCUUUUAUGCUGAUCAUACUGGCAUAGUUAGGGAAUCCAUGGAUAAGCUACGUGAAAGAUUAGCCCAAAGAAAAUGUGACUUUGAUAAUCAAAGGGGCUAGCUCGAUGGCUGGCUUCGCGAAUCCCCCUGGCUUUCCACCCUGCUCCCAACCAUCCUGGCUCCUUUAAUUGUUUUCAUCCUCCUCCUCACCUUUGGUCCCUGGGUUUUUCAGCGACUGACACAGUUUAUCAAAAAUCAAAUUGAUUCGGCCUUGACUAAAAGUAUUUCGGUACACUAUCAUUGACUAGAAACGCAUGACCAGGCCAGCAAGAGUUAUGACAGGCUCAGAUUUGGGGCCCUAUGACAAGCCCCCUCUACCUUUCCUCCCAUAGCUAGAAGGUACUCAAUGAUGGGAUUAUUAUGGGGCCUGGACCAGAUGCAACAGUGUACAGAGGUCGUCGAGACCAGCUCAACAAGGCACACUGCUUGAUCCGGGAUGCCCCCCAUAUAGCCUAAGACAGGGGCCUUCUCAGAGGAAUAUGGCCUUAAUUUAGAAAAGAGGGGGAAUUGUUGGGAGCCAUGAGCCCUGGCAAGAAGGGGGAUCUUGACCUUUUCUUGCUUCAUGCCUGGCUUGAGAGGAACAACCACAUCCUAGAACACACGGUAAAAACAUCUUUCGUAAAAACCCACAAGAUGUACUGUCAGAUAAAACUUCCUGGAACAGAUGGUUGUAUAAACCUGGGACCAAGGAAACCUUACCCUGACCCCGCUUAACUUCCCCUUUUCGAGCACCUGCAAAAGAAUAUAUAAACCCCACCCCUGCCUUCAAUAAACGAGACCUUGACGCG